GAUCGUCAUCCCUCAUCAUUGUCCUCAUCGGUCAUUGGAAUCCUCACUGUCAUAGGAGAUGGCUCGGCCAACGACCCAGCUGGCUGGCAACGAGAAGCUCCAGGGCCAGCAGAUGCAUCCUACACCUCCCAUUGGAGGGCCAGGAGGUGGGAUGGUAAGCCUGAAGAGCCUCCUCCAAGGGCCCAUCAAGGGGCAAGAGCGCAGGACCAAGGAGCUGUCCAACUGUAUCAUGAAGGAUAAGGAGAGAAAACUGGAAGAUGAAAUGGCCGGAUCUCGUCCUCACUGUGCAUUUCUAGGAUCACUUCUUUGGGAGCGCAAUUUGCCAUACAAUGAGAUAGAAUAUGUUGACCUUGAUGAAUUCCUGUUGGAAAAUGGCCUCCCACCAAGCCCACCUCACCAGCCUUUUUCACCAGCUAACUUGACACCACCUCCAUCUAACCAGUCAGUCGUGGACCUCAGCCGACCUGCAUCCUGCGCCUCUUCUACCUCUGCUUGCUCCUCUCCUGAGCAAAGUAUGAUUGGCAGUGAAUUUGACCAUCCAAACAGCAAAGCAGGCCAGAUGACUCCUUCAUCCAGAGAAAGUCCAAGUCCUGUGGACCCAGAGUCUGUGGAAGUAGUGAUGAACUUUGACCCGGAUCCUGCUGACCUUGCCUUGUCCAGUGUUCCAGGGCAUGAGACCUUCGACCCUAGGAAACAUCGAUUUUCUGAAGAGGAACUAAAACCUCAACCCAUUAUGAAAAAAGCUAGAAAAAUUCAGGUGCCAGAUGAACAGAAGGAUGAAAAAUACUGGAAUCGGCGGUACAAAAACAAUGAAGCUGCCAAACGUUCUCGAGAUGCUCGUCGGUUGAAGGAAAACCAGAUCACGGUGCGAGCAGCCUUUUUGGAGAAAGAGAAUUCAGUUUUGCGCCAGGAGGUUGCCAAAAUCCGUCAAGAACUCUCUCGCUACCGAAACAUCCUGUCAAAAUAUGAGUCACAGCAUGGAGCCUUGUAAA